CGCCCGGGGCUCCCAUCUUCUCCGCGCCAGUUCGCGCGGGGCUGCAGCGACGUUGCCCUUUUAAGAACCAGCCUCCUUUAACUCUCUCCUAACGGGGCGUCCCGGAGGGGCUUGCGGCGCCCAACACAAGCCCGCCUCCCCUCGCGGCACUUCCGGACCCCGGCGUCGCCCUUUUAAGAGGCAGCCCCCAGCAGCGCUCCCCCCGCCCCCUGUUGCCGGCGCGCGAGGUGGGGGAGCCGGGCUGGAGCGGAGCGCGCCGUCCGCGCGGCCACUGGAGACCGGGCGGCCGGCGGCCGAGCAGGCGGCGGCGGCGGAUGGGGACGCGGAGCCGGGCGGCUGUGGCGGCUGUGGCUGUGGCGGCGGCAGGGAAGCAGCUGACGGGCCGGCGGCGGCGGCGGCGCUGGCGGCAGUGACUGGUCCAGGCCCCGGCGGCGGCUGCAGCGACGCGGUGGAGGGCUGCGGCCGAGCGGCGUGAGGAGCGGCGGAGGAGCGCGGAGCUGCCGAGAGCCGGGGGCGCCGGGCCGCCCCUUGUCCAGUCCUCGCAGGCCGCCAGGCCCCCUCCAGCCGGGGCCGUGGAGCACCGGGGCAAAGGCCGGGGCCCCCCCAUGAAGGAGCGCGACGCGGCCCCGGCCGAGCGGGGCAAGCCGGCCACCUACACCGGGGACAAGAAGGCGAAGAUGGCGGCCAAGACCAACAAGAAGUGGGUCCGGCUCGCCACCGUGUUUGCCUACGUGCUCUCCGUGUCGCUGGCCGCCAUCGUGCUCGCCGUCUACUACAGCCUCAUCUGGCAGCCGGUGGGCGCCGGGACCUCGGGGGGAGCCGCCGGCCCGCCCCCCGGCGGCUCCAACGCCACCGGCCCGUCCGGGACUUCGGGGGCAGCGGCCGAGCCCAAUGCCACAGGGUCGUCCCGCCGCGAGGCACCGCGCGACGCGCCCCCGCUGCAGGCGGCGCGGCCCUUGCCUCCGGAGCCCUCUGCAGACAGUCCCCCGGCCGGGCCGCUGGAGCGGCCGCGGGGACCGGAGGAGGACGAGGAGGAAGCGGCGGCGGCGCCCGGGAGUCGUUGAGCCCCUCCGCGCCAGGGGCGGCCGGGAACCAUUCUCCCCUCCCCACGCCCGGAGGCAGGACUUUGCAGCAGGACGGGGCGGGGAGCCCGCGGGAGUGACCCCCACGGGAGUGAACGCCCUCUCUCCCCGCAACGAUCGCCACCUCGCCCGGGGAGCCAGGGGCCUGCAUCCCGAUCUUCAAGCCAAGGGACCACGAUUCGCCGGGGGCUCGGGGUUUGGUCUUCCCAGGACCGUGCUGCGCCAGGGCUCUGAGCCAUAAAGGGAAUGGGGGGAGGGGUGGGGAGAUCCCAGCUCCGAACCCUUUUUCGCCGCUAGCUCUUGUGUAUCCUACGUGCAGGAGUGACUCGGGCUUUCCCCCAAGACUCAGGGGAAGGAGGGAGCUGUAGGGGCUCUUCUUUAAUAAGCUGAAGCUCUCACAAGGAGGAGGGCACCAAAAGUAGUGGAGCUCAGUGCCCCCACGGAAGAGGCUUCCUGUUGCGGCCCUAAGUAUCUGGAUAUGGGCCAGGGAAGAAGGAAGGGAAAGAGCAAUGCCUCUGUGCUUCAAUCCUUGGCCUUCUCCUCACAGAGUUCUUUUAGGAAGAGCAAGCUUUUGUAAGUAGAGUGGCUCACAAGUGUUUUUAUUUUAUUUUCUGCUCCUCAAGAUCUUGUCUUUUUCCAGUAAUCACCCUUGCCUUCUUCCCUCUUUGCUGAGCCUGUGACAAUGUAGCCCUGCAAUUAGGGCCAAAUUUGUUGUGAAACCAGAGCGUUGAGCACGUUUUCUGGUUUUGACUUGUAUUAUAGAACCAGAAAGGCUAAAAAGUGAGCUUCAAACUCAGGAUUGUGCUUUGAUAGCCGAUUAAUAGACCAGCCGUGGGAAGGUUACAUUGGCUUGUCUCUACGUCUCCUGAUAAACCUACUUAUUUGCAGCCUAUACUUUGAGAUGAAAAACACCAAGAGAAAUGACAUCUGUAUAGUUCUGGGACAGCAAGAAUUCUACAUACUCAAUUUGGAUUCCAUUUCCUUCCGCCACUUGCUUUUAGGCAAUUGAGUGUGGGUAGUGACAAGAUAUCAAACCCCUUAGUGUUUCCUUUUUGGGAAAUGAGGCACUUUUUAAAAAACAAAAACAAAAACUUAUCCACCUGAGUCCUGAAACAGUUGGUCUCUCCAGUUUUUUGGCCUCCACUCUAGUUAGCUCUGAUCCAAGUUUACAGGACAACAAGCCUUGCUUUAAGCCAUGUUCUGUUGUGGGCAGGAUAACAGCAGCUGAGCUGUCAUAGUCUGGGAGCAGGCUGGUCGCACCCCCAAGGUGUCUUGGCUGGAGGAGAUUUCUGAGCAGCUGAUGUGACUUUGGUCAUUAGGAAGCCUUUGAGGCCUUUUUAAAUUUUUGGUGGGGGGUCUGGGGGUGGGGAAGAAACAUAAAAUGCCACUUUAUAACUUCAAUAAUAGCCUGUAAUUUAUAUUUAUUGUGUGAAUUUUUAGUCCUAUAUUUUAAUAAUUUGUAAAUUGAUCUCUUAUUCCAAGAAUCCUUUGAACUUGCCGGAGAACAUCUGGGAAUCCAGUCCCCUGUCCCCAUCCCUGCAUUCUGGACUGUUUAAUCCACUUUGGGAUGGAUCAAAGAGUCUAGAGAGACCACUCAUAGGUCCAGCUGCUGGCCUCCAGACUCUAAAGCCUUCACUGGAAUUGGGACAUUAGCUCCAGCUCUAGCUGUGAACAUGACCAGAGACAUUAUUUAUAAUUCAGCCAUUUAAGAUAUACCUGUACUCAAAAAGUCCUGUAUAUUUUUUAAAAGUUUUAUUUUUCAGGUGAACAAAAAUACAUUCUAAGAACUCUACAUAAGCCUGUGUAAGUUGACCAUUUCUCUUUCGUACUCCUUGGGGAAGGAGUAGAGUUUGGAAGAAGACAUGGUCUGAGAUGUGGCGGACAGACGUUGAUGAAUAGGUGUCAGAGGAAAAAGCAAUUGCCCUACUGUACUUCUGUGCCUGAUGGCUUCACUGAAUUGAUUGGUUAAGCGUGGCAGGGAUGCAUCUUAGUCGGGAAGCAGUCAUGGGGUUGGAUGAACAGUGAUACCUAGCUCAGCCACCUUUUACCAACCUUAAAAAGGUUCAAAACAGUUCUGCUCUUAAGAGAUUCUGAGCAGAUACCUAGCUGAGGAUGCUCAAGGACCAGUAAGCCAACAUAUUAAGAAUUAUGACGAACACUGAGCUGGCUGAGAGCUGCGGUGAGGAUAGGCCACCUGACAGCACCACUGUUCUCACCUUUAAACCACUGGCCCCUAGAUAGUUCGAAAAGUGCUAACACUGGGAAAGAGGUGCUGACAUACCUGCAGUGGUUGGCCAGAGCUUUGUCCACAGGGGAGCAGGUGAGAGAGCCAAAUGGCUCAGAGAAGGUGUAGGUUGCUUCAAAGGUGAGGCUUUUUCACGCCCUAAAGCAAACAAUAAAAGACAGGUGGGUGAAAAGCAAAAUAAAAGGGAUUAGCAAUGCUGCAAAAUACACGGCACACAGUUGAACUCAGCUCAUUAUUAGACAAUGCUGCCCAGUACAAAGUGGAGUGAGAAGCCGUGUUGGUGGGGCCCCCUGAGGCCUGCACUUCUCCAGAGCUGUUGGGGGUAGCUUCUGUGCUUUUACAUCACCUUGUAGUCUGCAGGGAGCAUGGAAAAAGUCCGCCCUUCUUUUAUUUCCCUCUUCAGCCUACACAAUGGCUUUUUGUGAGAGGGCUUGGUAAGGCAGAGCAGAAGGGAAGUGAAAGAGUUUCCAAGGUUCUUCUAGUUGCCCCCCCACCUUUGUGUAGACGGUGACAUGUGGCUUUUGCAGUUGCACACAGCUUCACGCAUUGGGCACAUACAGCGGAGUGUGCGGCAAGAGCCUGCUGGUUGAUAAGAAGGGCACUGUUCGGCCAGAACAGGACUGGGUUGGUGGGGAGCAGUGGCCGAACAGCUUUAUUUUCAUAGGUUAGAAAUCAGCUGCAAAAGUGCCCGUCAGGAAGGAGAGGUCUGUGCAAAAGGGGGUUACUCUCCUUUAACUGCUCCCACCAUUAGGGUGAUUUCUAGGUGUUUACUUCUAUUAGAAGUUACUGUGCACAUUUAUGCCCUGGCAGCCUGAGUUUGAAGGAGGAGAUAAUCCUCUUUUGAAAGUGAAGUUUUGGAGGGCGAAGGAUCAGGAGUUUGCUAAGCUGUUCAGACUGAGUUUGUGUUGGAAUCGUUUCUUUCCCCCAUGAUGCUGAGGUGCAGAAAAAUGUGUCUCUGAAGUUUUAAUCCUAAGAAAGACUUUUCUGCCUAACAGCUCUAGAUUUCUGCACAGUAUGAGAGCGCAGCUUUGGAAGCUCUUCGGUCUACCUUGUUUUCCAGUUUUCACUAGGGAAUUCUAAGAUGCUGUGUUCUUCAGUUGAGUAUUUAUAUCCUGUUUUGAAAGGCUGGGUGGAGAGCAUCUACUUGUUUCUACAUGUUUCUUUAAGGGGAACCAAAAGGUCAGGUCCUGAGCUUUAGGGCUACCACAACUAUUUAAAAGGGGUAAUAAUUGUCCUCCCCUUCCUGUCUGCAGAGAAUGGAGGUAUUUCUGGAAUUGCAAUGCAAUAACAAAAGGGCCACAGCUGUAUACUUUUUCCCUUUUUUUUUUUUUUUUG